ACACGCAGAGCAGAGCGCCGGCGGCCGCUGCCCGCGGUCUCUCCCCUCCGCGGCUGCAGGCUCGGGCCCGGGGCGGGCCGCCUUCCUGGCCGGCGUGAGGGCGCCUCCCUGCCCGCCCGCCUCGCUCGCCGCUGCCCGGAGCUCCUCGUCGUGGGGGGGGGACAUCCGCGGGCCGGCCGCGCGCCUCGGCGGCCCGGGAGCCAUGUUGACCGGGGGGCUUGGCCACGCGUGAGGGAGACUCGCGGCCCCUCGCGAACCCCCCGUUUUGGACGCGCGCGGCGGCGGCCUGCGCCUCGGCUCGGACCCGGACCUGCAUCCGCUCUCCGCGGGCGUCGGCGGAGCCGCUCUCCCCGGCCGUCGCCUCGCCGCCGCCUCGCCUCGGGACGCGGCCCCCGCACUUGCUGGAUUUUUUAGUCACGUUCAAUUGGUAGGAUGAAAAAAUUUAAGAGAAGAUUAUCCCUCACACUUCGAGGAAGUCAGACUAUUGAUGAAUCAUUGUCUGAGUUGGCUGAACAAAUGACUAUUGAAGAAAACAGCAGCAAGGAUAACGAGCCCAUUGUGAAGAAUGGCAGGCCUCCGACCUCUCACAGUAUGCAUUCCUUCCUCCAUCAGUACACAGGGUCCUUCAAGAAGCCACCUCUGCGGAGACCACAUAGCGUUAUUGGAGGAAGCCUUGGCUCCUUCAUGGCAAUGCCCAGAAAUGGAAGCAGAUUAGAUAUUGUUCAUGAAAACCUCAAAAUGGGGUCAGAUGGUGAGAGUGACCAGGCUUCUGGGACAUCAUCUGAUGAAGUCCAGUCACCUACAGGUGUUUGUCUUAGAAAUCGCAUACAUAGGCGGAUCUCAAUGGAGGAUUUAAAUAAGCGGCUAUCACUACCUGCAGAUAUCAGAAUACCUGAUGGGUAUCUUGAAAAAUUGCAGAUAAACAGUCCACCAUUUGAUCAGCCAAUGAGUCGAAGGUCCCGUAGAGCUUCCUUAUCAGAAAUUGGGUUUGGGAAAAUGGAAACAUACAUCAAAUUGGAAAAGCUUGGAGAGGGAACAUAUGCAACAGUAUAUAAAGGAAGAAGUAAAUUGACAGAGAAUUUGGUGGCAUUAAAAGAGAUCCGGUUGGAACAUGAAGAAGGUGCACCCUGCACAGCUAUAAGAGAAGUUUCGCUAUUAAAGGAUCUAAAACAUGCAAAUAUAGUAACCUUACAUGACAUUGUUCAUACAGAUAAAUCUUUGACUUUGGUCUUUGAGUAUCUGGAUAAAGACCUAAAGCAGUAUAUGGAUGACUGUGGAAAUAUCAUGAGCAUGCACAAUGUAAAGCUGUUUUUAUACCAAAUUCUUCGUGGUUUGGCUUACUGCCAUAGAAGAAAGGUGUUGCACCGAGAUUUGAAACCACAGAACCUUCUCAUUAACGAAAAAGGAGAAUUAAAGCUUGCAGAUUUUGGACUUGCCAGAGCCAAAUCAGUUCCCACAAAGACCUAUUCCAAUGAAGUUGUCACGCUGUGGUACCGACCACCUGAUGUGCUUCUUGGUUCCUCCGAGUACUCGACCCAGAUUGACAUGUGGGGUGUUGGUUGUAUUUUCUUUGAAAUGGCUUCUGGAAGACCUCUGUUUCCAGGAUCAACUGUGGAAGAUGAACUGCAUUUAAUUUUCCGACUGCUAGGAACUCCAUCUCAGGAAACUUGGCCUGGUGUUUCUUCAAAUGAUGAGUUCAAGAACUACAGUUUUCCAAAAUAUAAACCACAGCCUCUAAUCAAUCAUGCACCCAGGUUAGAUUCUGAAGGGAUUGAGUUGAUAACAAAAUUUCUUCAGUAUGAAUCUAAGAAAAGAGUUUCAGCAGAAGAAGCCAUGAAACAUGUAUACUUUCGAAGUCUGGGACCAAGAAUACAUGCUUUACCUGAAAGUAUAUCAAUAUUCAGUUUGAAAGAGAUUCAGUUGCAAAAGGACCCCGGUUUUCGAAAUUCUUCUUAUCCAGAGACAGGACAUGGGAAGAACAGAAGACAGAGCAUGCUCUUUUAAGUCUGAUAACAUGGUUUCAAGCCCAGCUCCCCCAGCCUUUCUUAUCAAUCAAGGACUCAGAUCUGAAGGCAAUUAUUUCUUUUGGUGGACUUGGAAUCUUCAUUUGUCUACACUGUCCUCUUCACAGUGGAGUCUUUUUAUUUCAGACCUACAGAUUGUUUUUAUAUUUGUUGUCACAGUGUGACAAUUUUUUGUACAGUUGGUUUUAAGGUCUUCUCUGCCAUUAGAGCCAGUAGGUUACAGCUGUUGAUGUAACUGUAGCUGCAAUUUUUGUGCAGGACUGAGAAACACAGUGCAUUAUUUAUUGCGGAAUCAUUGCUGCUAAAUAACUACUGUCUGUUUAUUUAACACAACAAUUGAAUGCCUGAAGAAGUUGCAGUGGCUUUAUUAUAUGUGAAUGCAUCUGUUUCUCCUCACGAAUUGUUAUACUGCUGCAUUUUUUGUUUGUUUUUAAAAUUAAACUGCAGUGUUUCCUGGAAUGUAAAUUUAGCUUUGCUUCAACAGUAAAAUAAGUGAGCCAUCUUGAACACUCUUUAAGUUCAUGCUAUGUAAUUUUUUUUAUUGAACAUUGACAAAUAGAUAGCUAAGAAAUUGAUAAGCACAUUAUGUUUAUGAAAGCAUGUGAUGCAAAAGUUGAUUUCAAGCAAGUGAUACCUGAUAUUUUGGGGAUCUCAUAUUAGAUACCAAUAAAUUAAAGCACCAAAAUUAUUUAUUCUUACCUUUCCUCAUUUUUAGAAAUAUUUACUGCAUAUUGUUGGAUAUUUGUAUACUAAUACACUUACCUACUUUACAUUGUGCUUUAAUUUAGUUAAAACUAAAUUGUACAAGUCCAGUCAAACAUGAGCAGUCUUGUUUUUGUUUGUUUUAAAUACACUUCUUUUAGAAAGGAUGAUACUUUAUUAAGAUGCAAUUUCUUUCAUUUGGGGGCUGUGUGUGUUUGUUUUAAUAACAUUCACAUGGAGUCAGCUGAAAGCUGUAAUAAGUCUUUGAUAUGAGCCAUGAUAAAUAUAGAUGAAAGAAAUGAGAGCCUAGGGGAUUUUUUUAAGCAUUGUGUAGGUAUUAUCUGUUUACCAGAGAUAAUAAAUACUACAGUUUUAAUUAUGCACCUCUUUGAACAUCUUAAAUACACCUUGGUGUUGGUAACAGUGUUUUAAGCAUUUGUGUUCACUUUAAGGGACUGCUUAGUGCAUCUUACAGACUACAAAUUUUAAUUGGUAUAUUUUGAAAUGAUCAUGUAAAUUUUUGGCUUAUAUAUCAUGAAAAUAGUCAUAACUUAAUUUUUUUCCUGACAUUCACUGUAAAACAUUCAGGGGUCCUACCAUUUCUCUUCAGGAAAUCUCGUAGUUUAUUGUUAUUUAACAGUAUUAAGUGAAUUUUUGUAUAUUUCAUUUUAACUUUAUUUGUGAAUAGUGAUUGUGGCAUGUUUGGGGUAUUAUUUUAAUAUUUCAUGAUACUGAGAUUUUAGUUUUUUUAAAAAAUUUUCUGAAAGAAACAAGAUUCAUGUGUAAUGGUGAAUAUUGGACCACUACUGUUUUCACAUUUGUAAAUUGGUUUUAUGUUAAAUCCUGUAACCUAACUGCUGUUGUUUCUAACUGACAGACAUGUAUUAAUAUUGUACUUUGAAGGUUAUAAAUAUUAUGUGGAAAUUCCUCCAUUUUGUUUUGAAAUUUAUAAUAACAAAAUCUUCAUGUUGUUAAAGUGUG